AUGGAAACCCCAGAGACAAUUGAAUGCGUGUUUUCUUUCCUCUAUCUAGGAAAAUAUCGAGACGACGGGCAUAUUGCUGAAUUCCAACCUGGGGCAACCGAUUCUUUCAAAUCUUCUGUCGAUGAGAUCGGCUCGGGUAAUUCACAGGAUGCUUCGACUGACUUGGAAAACCCAAAGGAAAUCGCUUUGAAUAAUGUUGGAGUAUUUGUCGCGGCUGACAAGUUCGGAAUCAGUUCAUUGACAUCUCUCGCAACUCACAAAUUCCGCCAACAUUUGGAUGCACGUUGGAAAUCGCCUUUAUUCUCCCAGAUUAUCCGCGAGUUCAUCGAGUUACUCCCUGCUCAUGACACGAUCUGGAAGAGGUAA